UGAGGGGAUCGAUUUUUACCCCUUAAUACGUUUUUAACUGAUUGACAAAUAAUUAUUUACAAUAUUUAUAACCUUCUUGAUUACUCGAAAUGCCGGGGGAUUUUUUUACUAAAAAAAUGUCAUGGGGGGACUGGCUGUGGAAAGUUGUUUCCGAUUCAAACAUGAAAGCCUAUUCCAGCUUGCAAAAAAUGGGGAUACUUUUAAUUAUAAUUAUAUUCAUUUCUUGGCUUAUUUCGCUGUGGAUUUUACCAAUAUUUUUUAUUGCUGGAGUAAUUGCUGGCGUGAAAGUGUCUGACCAAAUUUUACAUCGCGAGAAAUCAUCAGCAUUAGCAGAGCAACUGUUUUUUAUACUUGAGUCAGCUUACAUCGAAUUAUGUACAAUAUACCAAAUUAUAAAAACACACAUAUUUGAUGUGCAAGAAGUUGAUACUGUUUCUACCUCAUCAUUGCAAGUUAUUGAUGAUUUAAGUGCCAUUUAUGAUAAUGAAGGAGAUAAAACUAUAAAUAGUGCUGUCAAAAUCCCUAAUGCUGUAUGGUCUGAAAUGAAUUCAAUACAGCUUUUAAUAAUUCGGGAUUUCAUAGGUUCAUGGUAUGGAGAUUUUUCAUAUGAUACCCAAUUUCUUAAAGACAUAAAACACUUGCUUCAGCAUGCAUUUAACAAUUUGGCACUUCAUAUAUCACAACAGGAUUCUAAACUUAUCAUAUGUAAAAUAGUUCAUCUGUAUCAACAACAUUUUACCUUACAUACAAGUGCCAUGAACUCAUUUAAAAGUCAUCAACUUCCCUCUCAAAUUAAAGUGCCAUCCAAUGACAAUUUCAAAAGGCAUUUGUCUGUUAAUGAUGCAUUUGGCAGUUUGACCCAUUUUCACUGUGCUCUUGGGUCAGAUGUAAAUGAACUCAAUCAUCUAAGAGGAAUAGUUUCCAUUUUGGUGUUGUCUGUUGUCAGUGCUCAUGUAGUUGAGACCCAGUGCACAAG